AUGCUGACUAGACAUAUACAGUCAUCAGUUGAAAGUCAACAUUUGUUCCUGGAUCUAUUUGCUGCUGCCACAGAUACAACUUCAACCACAUUAGAAUGGGCAAUGACUGAGCUACUACACAACCCCGAAAAACUGUCAAAAGCUCAAGAGGAGCUGAAGCACAUCAUUGGCAAAGGAAAACCAGUGGAGGAAUCAGACAUCACUCGGCUCCCUUAG